GGAGGCGGGAGCCAACCGAGCCAGCGACAACCCUAGUUUGCUUCGCUUCUCUUCCUUCUCGUCGAAGCGGCCGCCGGAGAAAGCCGCCGCCCUGCUCUGUAGGGAGCAGCACACUGCGGUGCGGCGCAUUCCCCGACGGGCGGUCGAUGGAGUUCCGGUUCCGCGCCGGCGACCGCAGGCCGCGACCCCCCUCCGCCACCGCCGCUACCUCCGGGCCGUCGUCGGCGCGGUUCUCUGACUCCCUCCGCGGCUACUUCUCCGGGCCGCAAGGGAUGCGAGGUAAGCAUGCCGCCGGCGAACAGAGCCCGCGAGCUCGCUCCUUAUGCUGGAAGGCAACUGACGGUUUCUUCCCGGGCACCCCCCGUGCAGGCGCACCGGGGCCUUUCCGCGGCGGGCCCCGGCCGCCGCUGCCGCCGUUCGGGUGGGAGGAGGCCGCGCGGCUGGAGCUGGUCAUCGGCCAGGAGGUGGAGCGGCGGCUCGUCGCGAAGGAGAUGGAGCGGCGGCUCAUCGAGGAGGAGGUGCGCCGCGAGCUCGCCUUCGGUAACGUCCUCCACGGCUGGUUCCCGCACGAUCCCUUCUCUCGACCGCCUCCGGAGAUGCUGAUGGGCAUGCACCCGCUCCAGCACGAGCCGCCGCGACCCUGGAUGCAGGGGCCUGGACCUCGCCGGCACCCGGGCGGUGCUCCUGCUCCUUUUAGGUUUGGGCAGAGGAUGCUCCUUGGCGCGGAGAGGAGGUGGUCACCGCCGCGGCCGAAGCCGAAGCAUAAGCUCGAGCUGCGCGAGAUCGAGCCUGGGGAAACCUCCGAGGUUCCUUCAGAAACAAAACCUUCAGAAGCGAAACCUUCAGAAACAAAGGUUUCAGGAAUGAAGAGGAAAACAGAUGCAAUUCCUGCAACUACUGGACCAGUGAAAGUACAGAAACCAGCCCAGGACUGGAGCUGUGCACUAUGUCAAGUGAGUGCAACUAGCGAAGCUGCUCUGAAUGAACAUCUUGAAGGGAAAAAACACAAGGCAAAGCUGGUUCACUGCGGAGCCAGCAAUAUGAUUAAGGAUGGCAAAAACAGCCUGAAGGAAACCACUGCGAAUAAGGAUGAUGCAGGCCCUAGUGAUGCACCUAAGAAAAUAUGUAUCCAAGUAGAUGGAGCAAUGCAUGAAGUUGUUCAAAGAAGCAAUUACCUGUGGUGUGAUCGCUGCAAAGUUAGGUGUGACAACAACGUGACCAUGGCUGACCAUCUGCGGGGCAGGAAGCAUAGUGGUUUAAACAAGGUUUGGACAUCAAUAAAUGCUGUGAGAAUGAACAUGAAAAGGGAAGAGCUAGCUGCUACGUGUGAAGAAACGAUGAAUGAAAAUGACCCUGCUGAAAUACCAGUGGAAGUUAAGGAUGAAAGCACGGGCAUGUCCAUGGAAGCAGAUGAAGCAUGCCAUGUUGAGAAUCCAGUGAAAAAAGUUCAAAAUGAAGGCACAAACAUGACCACUGAAGUAGAUCAAACUGAUCCUAUUGAAAUUGGGACGCCGAAAGAAGUCAUGAAUAUGACCACGGAUGAAGAUGUCCACUCGGGGGUUCCACUGGAAAUCAAGAAGCAAAUCCCCCAUGAGACUCUUGCACCAAAGGAGGAGCAACACUAACACCAUAUAUCGGUGUUUACACGAUCUUUCAUUGCUUGACCUCUUCAUUAAUUGGAGACAAGCUUAUGCCGAACGCCUAUACAGUUAAAGGGAGAUCCGGCGUUCUCUUCAACAUAUGGAGCUUACAGGGUAACAACGCUACUUAGGGACAACGUUUUCUUGUAAAGUUGUUUGACUACUAGUAAUCAAGUUAGAAACCAUGCAAGUUGUUUAUGAGUUGGGUCAUCAGUGCCUGGUGCCAUAGAUAACUUGCACGAUAUCUACCUUGAGUAUUAGUGUCCAAGUAAUUUUGCAUGAGAAUAUUUUCCCCUUAUUCUUUUGUAGCCUUGUUACUCUGUAGGGUGCAUAUGUUACCAGAAGGGAUUAUUCGAACGGAUCUCAGAGAGAAACUGAUGUGGGCUGGCGAGGUUUGUUGAGGUCAAUACCUUAGACGCCUGUGUGGUACUGCUACUUCCGUUAGUUUUUAUCUCCUGAUGCCCGGUAGUGACCAUGCUGGGCUGAGUCUUGUCUACCUAAUAGAGGCGACGAUUCGCUUAGUUCCUUGUAACUGUACUUCAGUUAUUGGUUUCUUCGUAACCUGUUGUGUCUGUCUGGGUAGGAUUUUAAUUUGGAGGCAGCUUUAUCUUGGUAGGAUUUUAGUUUGGAAGCAGCUUAUCUUCAGUUUGUAAUACAUUGGCUCUUUCAGGUGUUUGGUGGUGUUCUGUUGUGGCUUUUAGUUUGUUGCUUGGAAGCGGUUGCGCUCAUAAGAAGUCGCAAAACAUCGCUAUAUGCCAUAUGGUUAACAUGCUAUGUUUGUCCUAUGAUCGAUGAGACUAUGCAGCAGCG